CUCUCUCUCUCUCUCUCUCUCUCUCUGCCUCUCUCUCUCUCUCUCUCUCUCUCUAUUCCCUUUCCCCCCCUCUAUUCUCCUUUUUUUCCCUCCACCUUUCCUCCUCCCAUCAACUUACUGUCUUUUUUCCUCCUGUUGCUGCUGAGCUGCAUCCUCCUUCCUUCAUCCCUCCCUCUCCCUUCAUCUUUCUCCUCUUUCACUCGUUCCUCCUCUCCUUCUCUCUAUUGCUCGUUGCUGAACAGGGAGGCUGUGUCUGGCCGUUCCUCCUUCUCCAUCUUCAGCAGAAAAGCCAGGAGAGGUGAUAGGGAGAGAUAGAUAGAGAGAGUGAGAUACAGAGAGAGGGAAGAGGACAAAUACGAAGAGGAGGGAAGCUGAUGAUGGCUUUUCCUCUCUGACACUCUGGGAGCUGCCUCUGUUGCUGUUGCCUCCGUGUCCGUCACCGAUGCUGCCACUGCUGCAGCUGCUGUUUGGAACGCUAAGCAAAGCAACAACGCCAGACGGUCAGUCAGCCUGAGAGCCCAGCACUCGGAGGACGAUGACGACUCCUCGCGAUUCGACGCUGGGCUCCGAAUGUGGCGGAGUCGUUUCUCCGAGUCAUUUCACGGAGGGGAAAGUUUCGCAAGUCGGAUCUCCUUAGAAAACUAGUACUUAAAUGCCAACCUUUCUGAGGCAAAAAAAACGCCUGAGCUGAUUUAGUUCAGGGAAUCGUGAGGAAGUUACAAGACACGAUCUUUAGGACUUUGUGAGGACAUAUUUUGUGGAAGGCACUACAGGGAAAUUUUGUUUGGAGUUUCGAGGAUUCCUUUUCCUUUUUUUUGGGGAACAUUUUGCGGGAACGCUGGUGGCAUCAGCAGAGUAAGGAAAGAUGAGUGUUCCGAUGCUGAAGAUUGGUGCUGUGCUCAGCACCAUGGCGAUGGUGACCAACUGGAUGUCCCAGACUUUGCCAUCACUGGUCGGCCUAAACGAGACUGUAGCGCACAGCGGCACCUCCGAGAGGAUCAUUAGCGCUCUGUAUCCUGGUCCUGAUGAGGGCUGGCAGGUGUACACAUCGGUGGCGGACGUCGAGGGGAAGUGCGUGUGCACCGUGGUGGCUCCCGCCCAGACGCCCUGCAGCAGAGACCCCCGCAACCGGCAGCUGCGACACCUCACAGAGAGGGUUCAGAACGUGACCCAGUCCAUGGAGCUGCUGGACCUGCGGACGUCUCGUGACCUGCAGUACGUGCGGGACUCUGAGCCCCUGGUGAGGGGGGUGGAGGCACGGGUCCGCACCGCCAACAGCAACCCCCGCAGCCUCAGCCCCAAGGGCUUCCAGGACCUGAAGCGGAGUGUGUCUCAGCUGCUCCCCCUGCUGCCCGUGCUGCAGCAGUACCGCGCCGACGCCGCCCUCCUGCUGGACCUCAAGGAGGAGGUGCGCAACCUGAGCCUGGCCCUGGCCACCAUCCAGGAGGAGCUGGGCGCCUACGACUACGAGGAGCUCCAGCACCGCGUCAUCACGCUCCAGACCAGGCUACAGUCCUGCAUGAACAAGCUGGGCUGUGGCCGGCUGACGGGCAUCAGUAACCCUAUGACUGUGCGGGCUUCUGGCUCUCGCUUCGGCUCCUGGAUGAUGGACGCCAUCAUCCCCAGCUCCGACAACCGCGUCUGGUCCAUGGAUGGCUACUUCAAAGGCAGACGGGUUCUUGAGUACCGGACCAUGGGCGACUUCAUCAAGGGACAGAACUUUGUCGUGCACAUACUACCUUAUCCCUGGGCAGGCACCGGUCACGUUGUCUACAACGGCUCCCUCUACUACAACAAGCACCAGAGCAACGUGGUGGUGCAGUACCACCUCCGUCAGCGCCGCGUGCUCCUGCAGCGCAGCCUCGCCGAGGCCGGCUACAACAACACCUUCCCCUACUCCUGGGGCGGCUGGUCCGACAUCGACCUCAUGGCCGAUGAGACGGGCCUGUGGGCGGCCCACUCCAGCCUGGCCCGCGGCGGGAGCCUGACCCUGAGCCGGCUCGACCCGGGAACGCUGGAAGUGCUGCGCUCGUGGGACACGGGCUUCCCGAAGCGGAGCGCCGGCGAGGCGUUCCUGAUCUGCGGCACGCUCUACGUGACCAACUCGCACCUGGCCGGCGCCAAGGUGCACUUCGCCUACCACACGUCCACGGGGAGCUACGAGUACGCCGACGUGGCGUUCCACAACCAGUACGCUCACCUCAGCAUGCUGGACUACAACCCGCGUGAGCGAGCGCUCUACGCAUGGAACAAUGGGCACCAGGUGCUCUACAACGUCACGCUCUUCCACGUCGUGCACGGCGGAGGGGGGGGAGGGGGGCCUGGGGAGGCUUAAAUGGGGGGGGCGGGUGGUGAGGGGGGGAUUAGGAAAGGGACGUGGUGAAAGGGGUGUUGGGGUGUUGGGGGUUAUCAUUUGGGUGUCAGGGAUUAAUUCAGUAAAAUUCUAUUCAAUUUGAUGUAUAUAGCGGAUUAAGGGGGAUCAUGGGGGCAGGGUUGGGUCUCUAGCUCCAUCUAAUGAGCAGCUUGAGUCACUGUGCAGUGCAGUUGGUCUAGACAGCUGGACUAUGAACAUUUAUUUAUUUAUUUAUUUAUUUAUUCAUUUUCUGGACAGGCUGCAGAUAGGUACGAAUAUGAGGAAUAUAUUUGGUCCACAAUCACCACGGUGACGGGGUGCCUGGGGAAGUUUGGAGUUGGAAGCAAGGUGCUGGCUGAUGGGGUAAUUAGGAAAGCAGGUAUAUAUUUGGUCCACAAUCACCACGGUGACGAGUUGGAAGCAAGGUGGUGGCUGAUGGGGUAAUUAGGACAGCAGGGUGGUGGCUGAUGGGGUAAUUAGGACAGCAGGGUGGUGGCUGAUGGGGUAAUUAGGAAAGCAGGGUGGUGGCUGAUGGAGUAAUUAGGACAGCAGGGUGGUGGCUGAUGGGGUAAUUAGGACAGCAGGGUGGUGGCUGAUGGGGUAAUUAGGACAGCAGGUUUGGGUGGAGACCUGACAGGGAGUCAGAGGACAGGUGAUGGAUGGGGGAACUGAUUUGAAAUUCCAGCUCCUUUUCAUGAGCUGGGGAGCCACAUUAGAGCUUAAUUCCCCAGAUACUGAAAACCCCAGGAGGGUAGUGGUAGGGGGUUUAAAGAAUGUGGAAGGGAGAGAUGUGGAGGGAGGUGGGAUUUGAGGGGUUGUGGGUUGGGGUGAUAAAAGUAAAAGAUUCAGAAAUCCGGCAUCUGAGAAGGAUGAGAAAGAGGUAGAAUUGCGUUCACAUUCAUAAUUCCGAUUCCAUUCAGUGGAUUUUUGGAGUUGCAUAUUGGACUCAGACUCACUCUGUAUUCUUAACGGCUAAUUCCAAAUCUGGGCCAGACUCAGACAUGGUCCGGGAUCCAAAAUGUCCGGGAUUCCAGGUCUGAGAUCCAUGGUCCAAGAUCCAGGAUGUCUGGGAUCCAAGGUCCAGGAUCAAUGGUCCAUUAUCCAGGAUGUCUGGCAUCCAAGGUCCGAGAUCCAUGAUCUGGGAUCCAUGAUUUUUCAGAUCUGAAAUGUCCGAGACACUGUGGAUAUAAAGGAAAGAAAGUAUCAAAAAGUGGAGGGCUGACGAACUCUUGGGGGACCUGGACGGUAAAAAGAGGAGACUGGUGUUGUGUAUAUUCAAGGCUACCUGAAGCACAUUGCUGAUUCUAUUCUCUAUUUUCUUGGACAGGAGCUAUCUGAAGGACUGACAAAAACACUGAUCUGAAACACACAUGUAGGUACAUUUGGUGUGUGUGGUUUGUUCGGUGGCUGUGACGUGGUGGUGGGGAUGGUUGGUUAGUUGGAUCUGGUUUGGAGGUGAUGCCGAUAUGAUCUGCCUGGGACGCACUCCACACGGACCCUCGUGGACUCCGAGCGGGCUGGGGAUUAAGGGUGUCUACAGCAUGAAUGAGAGCUUUCUGUCUACCGCGUAAGACUCAUGUGAGAGCUACGUGAGACCUAUGUGAUGGGCUUUUCAUGUUGGACAUUUCUGCAUAAUCAUAUUCACUGGAUGUAAUCACUUGACACUGUGCACUCUUAAUUGGGA